AGAGAGAGAGAGAGAGAGAGUUGUGUUAUGGUUCUCCGAAGACAACGAGCGGUUUGCUACUCCAGUUCCCAUUUUUCUCAUCCUCACUAGGAAAGAAAGAGAGAGAAAAUCUCAAUCUGAAAAAAUCCACACUUGGAAUGGUUGAAUCUGAAAAAUCCGACAUUUUUUGAUUAAUCUAUUGGGGAUUCCGUAGCUGCGAUCUUCUGAUUAAACCUUAACGACGAUCGCUUAAUGCUGUGGCUUCAAAUUUGAUUUUGAUUUGUGUGGCAGUCGGUUGUGUUGUUUUGUUGCGGUUGAUUUGAUAAAAAAUGAACGGUGGUGAGGGAGAGGAAGCGGCAGCUCCGGCUGGCCCACCACUGCCGCUCGAGUGGAAAUUCUCUCAGGUCUUCGGCGAACGCACAGCCGGUGAAGAAGUUCAGGAAGUUGACAUCAUUUCGGCAAUUGAGUUUGAUAAAACUGGUGACCAUCUAGCUACUGGNAGUUUCUUGGCAAUCCUCUAUUCUGAUUUCCUAAUCUUUGUUCAAUUUUUCGAAGUUGACAUCAUUUCGGCAAUUGAGUUUGAUAAAACUGGUGACCAUCUAGCUACUGGUGACCGUGGGGGCAGGGUGGUAUUAUUUGAAAGAACUGACGCAAAGGAGCAUGGUGGAAGUCGAAGGGAUUUAGAGAGGACGGAUUAUCCAGUUAUUAGGCAUCCAGAGUUCCGUUACAAAACGGAGUUUCAAAGCCAUGAACCUGAGUUUGAUUAUCUCAAGAGCUUGGAGAUUGAGGAGAAAAUCAACAAGAUUAGAUGGUGCCAAACAGCUAAUGGUGCACUUUUUCUUCUGUCCACUAAUGACAAAACUAUCAAGUUUUGGAAGGUCCAAGAGAAGAAAGUCAAGAAAAUAUCUGACAUGAAUAUGGACCCCUCCAAAGCUGUCGGAAAUGGCUCUCUUGCAAGUUCAAGUGUUUCUUCCAGCCCUAAGCAUUAUCUUGCGAAUGGAGGAUACCCAGAUAGAUCUUACAACUGUCUGAGCAGCGAUGGUCCAUUUCCUCUGGGGGCGACUGCAUUGCUACAUUUACCUGUGGUAACCAGCAAUGAGACCAGCCUUGUGGCAAGAUGUAGAAGAGUAUACGCACAUGCACAUGACUAUCAUAUCAAUUCUAUUUCAAAUAACAGUGAUGGUGAAACAUUUAUAUCGGCUGAUGAUCUACGAAUAAACUUGUGGAACUUGGAAAUUAGUAAUCAAAGUUUCAAUAUCGUUGAUGUGAAGCCAACAAAUAUGGAGGAUCUAACUGAGGUGAUAACAUCAGCUGAGUUUCAUCCUACCCAUUGUAAUACGUUAGCAUAUAGUAGUUCAAAAGGAUCAAUUCGUCUUAUUGAUUUGCGGCAAUCAGCUUUGUGUGACACCCAUUCUAAAUUGUUUGAGGAACAGGAGGCACCUGGUUCAAGAUCCUUUUUCACCGAGAUAAUAGCCUCAAUUUCAGAUAUUAAAUUUGGAAGGGAUGGAAGAUUCAUACUUAGUCGUGAUUACAUGACCCUUAAGUUGUGGGACAUAAAUAUGGAUUCCGGUCCUGUUGGAACUUUCCAGGUUCAUGAGUAUUUAAGACCUAAGCUAUGUGAUUUAUAUGAAAAUGAUUCCAUCUUUGAUAAAUUUGAGUGUUGCUUGAGUGGUGAUGGUUUGCGAGUAGCAACCGGAUCUUACAGCAACCUAUUCCGUGUGUUUGGCUGUGCUUCGGGUAGUACUGAAGCAACUUCUCUGGAAGCAAGCAAAAAUCCCAUGAGGAGGCAAGUCCCGACCCCUUCAAGGCCUUCCAGAUCCCUAAGCAGCAGUAUAACACGUGUUGUCAGAAGAGGAUCCGAAAGCCAGGGGGUUGAUGCAAAUGGAAAUUCAUUUGAUUUCGCAACAAAGUUGCUCCACCUAGCAUGGCAUCCAAGUGAAAACUCAAUCGCCUGUGCUGCUGCAAACAGCUUGUACAUGUAUUAUGCAUAAAAGGUCAGUCCAGGAAGAAAUAUAGGGUCACUUGGGUGACAUUUUUUGUUUUUUGUUGGAAGCGGCUUCUUCCCAAAGCGACCAGAGGCUUCAAUGUCUCUCCAAUUCAAGUGCCUCUGAAGUUGUAGCUAGUGCUUCUAAUGUUGAGGUCCAAAGGCACCUGUCCCUAGAACCCACGACAAAGCAACUUGUCUUUGUUCAUGGGCAGGCAGCUUGCUUUACUUCCUAAUUUCUGCUUCGCACUCUAUUCCUUUUAGUUUUUUUUUUUACCUUUCUUGAUGGUAAGCUGCAGUUCUGUUCUUAUCAUGUGGAGUUGAAGUCAGGAUCAAAAUGUGAUUGUAGCUCUCCUACAACCAAAACGAAAACGAAAGGAUGUCAAUAUUACCACUAGUUUUUAAGGUAAAAUGUAGUUUUUACAUAGAAUCUUGCUUGGGAAAGGAGCUGCUGCUAACUUGCUUUGCAGGGCAUGAAGCUUAUUAAUUUUUCGUGGAUACGACCAAUUUUUUUUUAGGAUGAUUUUAGUCUUUGUUUUGUCUUUAGAUUAUUAACUAAGUAUUUUUUAUUUGUGAAAGAAGUUGUAAGAGCUAUGCCUUAUAUAUUAUUUUGUACUUAUUGGUAUGCACAUUUGUGAAUUGAAGC